AACAUUAUACCCAAGUGUCUUUCUGGAUCGCGAUGGGAAGUUAUUCAGCAAUCUAAAAUGUGGAUAGAUGUCUUGGUGAGCUUCUGUAUAUCAAUUACAAAACACGUGAAGAAGCACCAAGAAGAACUUAAAGAAUUCGAUUUGUUAUUUGGUGAUUCACCCCCAGCUUGUCACGUGAUCAUCGCCGAGUUUCUCGCCCUUCCCCGAAUUGAUAUCGAACCAGCCUUUCCAAUGAGACUGAAACCCGAAUUAAGUCUAGUGUCAUAUAUUCCCAGCCUAUUAUCCUCAAAUAGUGCUGAAAUGAGCUUUAUGGAACGACUUCAAAACUUAUUUUUUUUUGGAGUCAUGAAGAGAUCAGAAAUGUACUUUUCUACUCGUUACGGGGAGCUUAAAACAGAAUUCAAUAUUAUGCCAGAAAGACAUUUCCAGGACUCCAUUCAUAUGGCGGAGAUGACCAUUGUCAUGGGCCACUUUGCACUGGAAUAUCCUCAACCACUUUUACCAGACACUAAACUAGUGGGACCGUUAACAGUGAAACCCCCAAGGUCACUUCCACAAGACCUUCAGCAGUUUAUCAGUGGAGCAGGAGACAAAGGGAUAAUACUGUUUUCAUUAGGAACACUCGGGGAUGAAGUGUUGCAGAAACACCAGGUGGACAUGUUGGCCGAAGUUUUCGGAAGACUGGAGCAGAGAAUAAUAUGGAGAUUAAAAAGGCAUAUUCCAGAAGAUCUUUCCUCGAACAUCAAAGUUCUCCCAUGGAUUCCACAGAAUGACUUAUUAGCCCAUAACAGCACCAGAGCCUUUAUUUCACACACAGGUCACAACAGCUUAUAUGAAGCAGCUUUUUAUGGUGUGCCACUGGUUUGUGUGCCAAUUUACGGUGACCAACCUAGUAACUGCAUCCAGGCUCAAACGGUUGGGAUGGCAAUUGGUGUCGAUUUAAAGACGCUGACUGGUGAUGAAAUGUACCAGUCAAUAUGGCGAAUCCUAGAGGAACCAAGGUAA